AUGCAGUUGGGAAAUCAAUUGAAACAAUCACCAAUUGAUGUAGCAAAAUCGCUUGGAGAAUCAAUUCUAAAUAAUAGUGAAAUUGUUGAAAAAAUUGAUAUUAUUAAUAAUGGAGUCAUUUCUCUCUCCCUUUGUGAUGAAUAUGUGAAACGUAAAAUUUCUGAAAUAUUCAAUCAACAACCUUUAAAUGUAAAGGAUAAAAUCAGAGUCAUUGUUGACUUUUCAAGUCCAAACAUGGCCAAGAGAAUGCAUGUUGGACAUUUACGCUCAACAAUUAUUGGUGAUUGCAUUUGUAGAAUUUUAGAGUAUGAUGGAAGGUUUGAAGUGGAAAGAAUUAAUCAUGUUGGAGAUUUUGGUACACAAUUUGGAAUGUUGUUAGCUUUUAUUGAAAGAAAUUCAAUAGAUUUGGAAAAAUUACAAACACAAAACCCUCCUGAACAGCUAGAAACUGUUGAAAAAUACUAUAAGGACUCAAAGAAACUUUUUGAUAGUGAUCCCUUAUUCAAAGAUCUUGCACACCAAAAAGUGAUUGCACUCCAACAGGGAAAUGAUGAAUCUAUACACAAAAUAUGGAAGUAUCUGUUAGAAUGCAGUAGAUAUGAAUUCGAUUCCAUAUACGAAAGGUUAGAUGUUCGAUUAGUUGAAAAGGGCGAAUCAUACUACAGGGAUUUUAUUCCAAAAACAUUAGAAAUUUUAAAUCCACUGAUACAGGAGAGUAAUGGUGCCAAGUGUAUUUUCACAGAAAAAGAACAAGAAACAAUAACUGAAGACCAAAAAGAACCCCCUCUCAUGGUACAAAAGGCAGAUGGAGGUUAUACAUACGAUACCACUGAUCUGGCAACAUUGUGGUAUAGACUUUUUGUUUCAAAGGGAAAAUGGCUUAUUUAUGUUACUGAUUUUGGCCAAGCCUCUCACUUUAACAAAGUCUUUAAGGUUGGAGAAAUGAUGAAAUGGAUUGAUCCUCUCGAAAAUAGUAGGGAUCUAGUGUGGAGUGAAAAUGCUACUAGUUUAACCUCAUCCAAAGUUAGAAUAGAUCACGUUGGAUUUGGUGUGGUACUCGAUGAAGAAAAAAAGAAAUUUAGAACUAGAUCUGGUGAUACAGUGAAAUUACAUGAUUUAUUAGAUGAAGCUAUCAAAAGAUCUUACGAAAUCAUAAAGCUGAAGAAUGAUGAAAGAUGCAAAGAAAAUGAGGAAAUAUCCAGUUUAACUGAUGAACAAAUUAUGGCAGCUUCUAAAAUUGUUGGAUACGGUGCUGUUAAGUAUGCCGACCUGAGAACUAAUAGAACAACCAAUUACACCUUUUCAUUUGAUAAAAUGUUGGACUUUAGAGGAAACACUGCUGUAUAUUUACUUUAUGCAUAUGCUAGAAUUUCCUCAAUCAUUGAAAAAUCAGGUGAAAGAGAACUAAUGAAAGAAUACAAGGAUCAAGUUGCAAAGGGUGAUUUGUCUCUUUUUACUAAUUUAAAACAAUCAGAAUCAGAAUGGAGACUUGCACUUAAAAUUAUUGAAUUUAAGGAUGUUUAUUCAAGAAGACAAACAACUCCAAAGAAGUAG